AUUGCGUAAUAUGGUUUCCCGAUCCGAUCCCGGAUUCGUAUCAAAACAUUUACAGAUAGAGAGUGCAUGCCGAGUCUGUAUUCCAAUUUGUUGGAGAUCUACUAGGCCCUAAGCAGUAAAGGUCAUGGAUACCAAUGAUGAUCUACAUCUUUCGAUUCCUUUGGAUCCUCUGAAAGAAUCCUUCAGCUGCCCGAUAUGUAUGUGCCUGUAUCACAUGACGACGCUGACGCAGUGCGGACAUCGCUACUGUGAGGGAUGUAUUCUAGAGUGGAUUGAUAGAAAGCGGAGAUGCCCAUGUUGCAAUGCGCCGGUGAGAAUCGCAGAGCUGAUCCGAGAUACAGGAUUUGAUGCGUUGAUCCAGAUCGUCGUGCGGCAGAAGAACAAGGCAGAAGAUGCCUACUUCUCGGACCUUAUCAAAAAGUGCAAUGAACCCUCAGACAAAUUUGAACCAAUGGUUAGUGAUGAACCCUCGGACAAAGCUGAUCCAACUGCUUGUGAUGAACCUUCUAGUACAAGCACUGCAGAAGUUGGAACAUCAGAUGAGAAAGACAAGAAACCAGCUAAAGAUGAAGAUCUGUCACCAGUGGAAAGGAUAUUACAAAAGCACAUCCGAGUGGGCAUCGUUGAACAUGAGCGCUAUUACCGCAACCUCAAGGGACGAUUCCAGAAACAUUUUGAUCAUGCUCUUAAGCAGAUUGAUGACCUGAAAGAGAAAGAUGAUGAGGAAAGUCAAGCAGAAAGAAAAACAUGGAUACAGAAGAAACGUAUAUUGGCUGCUGAAUUCCACAAAUGUACAAAGCUGUUAGCAACUACAUAUGACAAAUAUCUAACACAACACCUCCCAACACUGAGCACUCUUCCAGUAACUGUAUUUUUCAGACUGUUUGGGAAGGACAUUGUUGUUGGAGAACUGGUGCUACAGCCCCAUAUGAGCAUGUCUCAAAUUAAAGAGAUGUUGUUCCUUCGAAUCAAAGAGAAACAGGACAGGGUGGCUGUGUAUAGAGAUAGUAACAUCCAUUACCUACUGAUCAGGCCCUACUCUAAGGGGGACAUUGUUGCCGAUGAGUCUCUGGUAUUCACCCUACUCGCCCAAGAUAACCCGUAUAGUACAGAUCAGAACGAACUGAUGACCUUGAUACCCAGCGACUCCAUCCCUGUCUUAGAGUAUGGCAUCCAACCAGGAUGUGAUAUCAUCAUCUUCGGAGAGGUCAAACUUAGGAGUGAGCUACCAAGACCAUGCUUUAAAGCCUUGUUUGAGGAGGGAGAAGAUAAGAUGGAUUACUUCACAUGUAAAGAUUGCUCGUUCAACUGGGUGUGUCGUUCUUGCCGGGAUCAUUGCCACAAAGAUCAUGAGACGAUUCCAUACGUCAUGGGACAUCAACCUACAUGGGCCUGUUGCUACUGUCCAAGAAAGAAGAAGUGUCUACUAGGGACCGAGGCAAUUGAAAAUCCGGAAAUAUGUAGCCAUUCCAUCUCUGCUUCCAUCAUUCUGCCUGGAUGGCAAUAAUGUAGCAUUCCUGAGCAUGAGUUACUGCCAUUUUAAACUGAUAUUCUUCAAAUGCUAGGGAGAAGAUAUUGACAAAGGAUCCAGCCAUGUCCUCUAGAUCUGGGGCUGUUCAUAUCUCUAUUCUAAAUCAUUUUCCUGCACAUAUUGUUGGGUAAUAAUAGUCUGCCUUGCUUUAUCUUGUCAUGAUGAAAUCAUUUACAUUUUGUGAUAUUUUAUUCGAAAAUUAUACCUCUCUUUAUUAAGAAGUUGAAAGUCCUAGAAAUUUUUGUUGAAAUUAUACUUUAUCAUUACUAGUCUUAUGGGAUUUUCUUUCUAAGAAUAGAUUUGGGAUAAUGUACAAUGUAGGUUAGUGAAUGUGAUCUAGAUUUUCAAAGACAAUUUUAAUCACAAUUGAUGAUAUACUUCAGGGAACCAAUGGGAUCAUGGAUGGCAUCUGAGUUGUUUCCAUGAUGUGGAUUAUAUGUAAAGGAAAUAAAGGAGGUGAACUGUUAGAAGAAAUCUAAUGAUCAACGUCAGUAGCCUUGUGUAUAGUCAAAAAGUUGAGAAGAGAACCUUUCACAGCAAAGAUCAGGAAUCUCUGAAGACUAAAUCAAAAAUACAGUCUAUUCUGUAUACUUUUGACACAUACAUUUUCAGAAAAGAGAGGAACCUAUGGUUCAUAACAUAAGUUUAAAGGCCAUAAACUAGGAACCCUGCCUUCAAAUAUGAAUUGGUGGCAUCUUCUCUGUUUCUUUCUUACAAGGAAACACAUAUAAUA